AUGGUGAGUCUACUAAUAUCCAUGUACUAUAACGUACCUCAACCCGUAUGCAGGUCAACGUUGGCAUCAACGGGUAGGCAUCUCGUCGCGUAUUCAACUCAACCUAACUCGAAAUACAUCCGGGCGGGCAUAUAUAUAGCUUCGGUGAGUCCUGGUCGUAUCGGCCGCAUUGUCUUCCGUAACGCGCUCGAAGUCGGAGGCGUCGAUGUCGUUGCAAUCAAUGACCCCUUCAUUGAUCUCGAUUACAUGGUCUAUAUGUUCAAGUACGACUCCGUCCACGGACGCUUCAAGGGCUCCAUCGAGGCCAAGGAUGGAAAGCUGAUCGUUGAGGGAAAGCCGAUCCAUAUCUUCGCUGAGAAGGACCCGGCCAACAUCCCUUGGGGAUCCGUCGGCGCUGACUACGUCGUCGAAUCGACUGGUGUCUUCACUACCAUAGACAAGGCUUCAGCUCACUUGAAGGGCGGCGCUAAGAAGGUUGUCAUCUCUGCCCCCUCCGUUGACGCACCAAUGUUCGUCUGCGGUGUUAACCUUGAGUCGUACGACCCCAAGUACAAAGUUAUCUCAAAUGCGUCUUGCACAACCAACUGUCUCGCUCCCCUGGCCAAGGUCAUCCAUGACAAAUUCGGUAUCGUCGAGGGCUUAAUGAGCACCAUCCACGCUACCACCGCCACCCAAAAGACCGUCGAUGGUCCAUCGCAUAAGGACUGGCGUGGAGGUCGUAGUGUGAACAACAACAUUAUUCCGUCCUCCACCGGUGCCGCUAAGGCUGUCGGCAAGGUCAUCCCUUCGUUGAACGGAAAGCUCACUGGUUUGUCCUUCCGUAUCCCCACUCUCGACGUCUCUGUCGUUGAUCUCGUCGUCCGUCUCGAGAAGCCCGCUGAUUACAAGGAGAUCGUCGCCGCUAUCAAGGAAGCCUCCGAGACGACACACAAAGGCAUCCUCGGCUUCACCAGCGACUCCGUCGUCUCUACUGACUUCAUCGGAAGCACCGAUUCUUCCAUUUUUGAUUCCACCGCCGGGAUUCAGCUGAACCCCAACUUCGUGAAGCUGAUCGCCUGGUACGACAACGAAUACGGAUACUCCCGCCGCGUUGUUGAUCUGCUGAAAUAUGUUGCGGAGAAGGACGGUGCGCAGUAG